GAUCCGAGCAGGUAUAUAAGGGGCCCCGGCCAGGGCUCGGCCACACUGCGAAUGCAACCAGCUCAAGAUCUCGCGGCAGGUGCGAGCAGCCCGCGGGUUCCUGCUGACUUUCCUCGGAGCACUUCAGCAAUUCUGCCCUUCCCUCCCGCCCCGCUGGCCCUGCGGCCCCCAAGCGCCCUUCCGACGGAGUCGCCGAGCCUUUUCACCGUGGCCGCUCCAGCCCCGGGAGCGCCUUCUCCUCCCGCCACACUGGCGCACCUUCUUCCCGCCCCGGCAAUGUACAGCCUGCUGGAGACUGAGCUCAAGAGCCCAGUGGGGCCACCCACCCCGGCGGCGGGGACGGGCGGUCCUGCAGCCACGGGCGGCGCGGGCAAAAGUAGCGCGAACGCAGGCGGAGCCGCGAACGCGGGCGGCGGUGGCCACGGGGGUGCGAGCGGUGGUGGCGGUGGCAGCGACCAGGACCGCGUGAAGCGGCCCAUGAACGCCUUCAUGGUGUGGUCCCGCGGGCAGCGGCGCAAGAUGGCCCUGGAGAACCCAAAGAUGCACAACUCUGAGAUCAGCAAACGUUUGGGCGCCGACUGGAAACUGCUGACCGACGCCGAGAAGAGACCAUUCAUCGACGAAGCCAAGCGACUGCGCGCCGUGCACAUGAAGGAAUACCCGGACUACAAGUACCGGCCGCGCCGCAAGACCAAGACGCUGCUCAAGAAGGAUAAGUACUCGUUACCCGGCGGCCUGCUGCCCCCCGGAGCCGCGGCCGCAGCCGCUGCAGCGGCCGCCGCGGCCGCGGCCAACAGCCCGGUGGGCGUGGGCCAGCGCCUGGACACGUACACACACGUGAACGGCUGGGCCAACGGCGCGUACUCGCUGGUGCAGGAGCAGCUGGGCUACGCGCAGCCCCCGAGCAUGAGCAGCCCGCCGCCGCCGCCCGCGCUGCCGCAGAUGCACCGCUACGACAUGGCCGGCCUGCAGUACAGCCCCAUGAUGCCACCCGGAGCCCAGAGCUACAUGAACGCCGCCGCCGCGGCCGCCGCCGCCUCGGGCUACGGGGGCAUGGCGCCCUCGGCCGCCGCCGCGGCCGCCGCCGCCUACGGGCAACAGCCAGCCACCGCCGCCGCUGCCGCCGCGGCCGCCGCCGCCAUGAGCCUGGGCCCCAUGAAGUCGGAACCCAGCUCGCCGCCACCCGCCAUCGCAUCGCACUCGCAGCGCGCGUGUCUCGGCGACCUGCGCGACAUGAUCAGCAUGUACCUGCCACCCGGUGGGGACGCCGCCGACGCCGCCUCUCCGCUGCCCGGCGGCCGCCUGCACGGCGUGCACCAGCACUACCAGGGCGCCGGGACUGCCGUCAGUGGAACGGUGCCGCUAACCCACAUCUGAGCGCUGGCCUGUGUCCGUCGCCCCUUGCCCCCAUCCCGCCCCGCACCCCCAAGUUGGGACGCCUUGUUUAGCUUUGCUUGCCUGGGACUGACUGACUGUUGCCUUGUCCGGAUGGUGGGGAGAACAGAAAGUUUUGCUGUAGCUGUCGGGUUUUGUACAGAAGCAAAAGAAGUCGGUAGCAACGGAAAUGGGACUUUUCCCAGAGGUCGCUUGCCCCUUGCUGCUACCUCUCCCUCCCCCUUCGUAGGCUGGGAAUCGCAGUGAUGUUUGCAAAGAAAAAGCAGCCCCCCUCUUCCCGGGUUCCUGACUUCUGUUGCAUUUGAAAAUGUUGUCUCCUUAGUUUGCAGCUAGCCGAGGAGUUAAGGGAAUGGGAGAAGCUUACUUUUGAGUAAGGCUGGCCUGAGAACUGCAACGCUCCCGCCCCGAGUCGCGUGCCAUCUCUUUUCUUCGUGGCUUUUUUGGGGGGUGGGUGUGGGGGGUGCUGACCGCGCCUAAGGGCGCGUCAGCUAAAACCAAUGUUAAUUUAUAGUCAGGUGCGCGUGUGUCUCCCGCCUCGCCGCCCCUGGCCGCGGGACAGCUUCUGUCCAGUUCGCCUUUAGCCUGUUUGAGUUGGUGUUUUCUGCCGUGAUCUGUUUGAUAUUUUGUCGCGCUAAUGUGUUCGGAUUUCGUUUGGGUAGUGGGGAAGGGGCUAUUUUGUUUCAGGUUUUUUCAAGGUUUUACUCGUAAUUGCUAAAUAAGAGAUCAAUAAAUUUUAUAACCAA